CGGUGCUGUGAGGAGCUUCCUCGCAGCCAACUCCUUUCUCGUCGACCAGGAGCGUUUCUGAGAGCUUUCUUUCGAAUAAGAUCCUUCGAGGCCACAGCACAGGAGUUGGGGACCCAGAGCGUUUCUGAGGUGACCCCGCUCCCUGUGGGAGUGGCCCUCGAGGCCAGGCCACGGGCCUUGGUGACCCGGAGCUUUUCCGAGGAGCCAUCAGUGCCUGUGGCAGCGGCCCUUGAGGCCGUUUUUUGAGACUUUGCCACCAGGGGCUUCUCCAAGCCAUCAGCAGUCCCUGUGGCAGUGGCCCUUGAGGUCAUUUUUGGAGACUUUGCCACCAGGGGCUUUUCCAAGCCAUCCCCAGUCCCUGUGGCAGGAGCCCCACAGGCCAUUGAGUGACACUUGGCCACCAGGGGUUUUUCCGAGGUUUCUCUCCCGCAGGUGCCCUCAAGACCAGACUGUGCCAUGGCGGGGGGAUGCUUCGGCCUGUGCCGGCUGCUCCGGAGGAAGAGGAAGAACAGGAGAGGCCCUGGAGCUGGCCCAGCACAGGAAGCAGAGGAGGAGGUGCAGCACUUCCAGCCACUGCAGCAGAAUCCAGGCCGGGACCGCCCAGAAGAGCAGGACCGCGCCCGUGGCCGCUUGCGCAGGGCAGUUCAGAGGUUGCUGAAAUUCAUGGGUGUUCGGCGCAGAACAGCCACGACCGCACCGCCCGAGCUCAUGGCACAGCCUGACACCAGUGCAGCCGAGCUUGAGGCGGAGGCUGAUGUCAGCACUGCACUGAGGGACUGUGUAGCCAGCGGUGACAUGGCACCCAUGGACUGUGUAGCCAGUGGUGACAUGGCACUGACUGAUGGCACAGCAACCUCGGACAUGGCACCGACUGAUUGUGCAGCCAGUGGUGACGUGGCACCCACAGAUGGCACAGAAACCUCAGACACAGCAGUGACCAAUGGCACAGAAACCACCUACAUGGCAGCAACCGAUUGUGCAGCCAGCUGUGACGUGGCAUGGGUUGAUGGCACUGACACCUCUGACACGUCACAGAUUGAGGGCACAGAAACCUCUGACACAUCACCAGUUGAGGGCACAGUAACCUCGGACGUGGCAGUGAUUGAUGGCACAGAGACCACCGACGUGGCAGCAACCGAUUGCGCAGCCAACUGUGACACGGCACCUCUUGAUGGCACAGACACCUCUGAGACAGCACCGGUUAAUGGCAGAGCCACCUCUGACACAGCAUGGAUCGAGGGCACAGAAACUUCUGACAUGGCACCAGUCGAGGGCACACAAACCUCUGACCUGGCACCGAUGGAUGGCACAGCCACCUGUGACACCGUGUUGGCUGACACCGAGACAAGCUCUGACACUGCACCAACUGAUGUCGGGGCCAAGGCUGAUGCCGCAACUGAGGGCAUCACAAACACUGACUGCACGCUCAUGCACAGUGUGACUGAUGCUCCCAGUCUGGAUGUUUUGGAGCAGAAAACCGUCUCCAGUGCAAAUGAAGUGCCGGCCAGUGUCAGCCCCAUCCACCAGUGGCUCACGCGCCAGGAGUCUGCAGAGGUCAGGUCGCCCAUUGCCAUCCGCAGGCUGGCCCACACACACCCUGGCCACGUGGUGACGACUCUCCUGCACUGUGCCCCAGCGUGUGACAGAGCUGCUGCAAUCCUGUGGAGGACCAUCGCCUCCUCGGCCACCACAGCAUACAAGGUGCUGCCAACGCUGCUCAGGGUGAUGGAGGACUGGCCACUGCACAGCGUGUCCACCUCUGACGGAGACCACGUGGAUGUCUUUGCCCUGGCUGCAACCCUGGCCCUGUGGCUGAUGGUCCAGGAGCCCCAGUGCCAAGAUGCACUCUUGGUUCAUGCCCUUCGUCUCCUGGUGGCUCUGCUCUGCCAAGUUUCUAUGAGCACAGAGCAGAUGCCAGAGGAGGUCAGCACCUUCUGGAGGGGAUGCCAGGAGCAACACGGCCUUCCCACCCACCCCAACAGCUUUGUGGUGCAGACCAUCCAGGCCCUGCUCUGGCGGCUACAGUGGGACCAGGAGCUGGUGUCAGUGGAGCGCAAGCGUGGCUGGGACGCGCUUCUCUCUGCUGACACCCACCACUACGCGGUGGGGCUGCUGGCCAGGGAGAUGCGCCGCAUGUUGGUCCCCUCCUAUGGCCCGCUGGCAAGGCACCUGCUGGGGCUGCUCAGCAGGGAGGGGCCCCGUUGGGAGCUGCCUGCCCUGGCCUUCCUUGUCGAGGUCCUCGACUAUCUGGACGUGAGCACCUGUCACGACAGUGUCCUGCAGAUCCUGGCAAGGCACCUGCAGAGUCAGUGCCCAGAAAGGCGGCGCCUGGCUCUGCGAGGGCUCCUGGUGCUGAGCGUGGAUCCCUCCAUGGCCAAAGGCAUCUGCAGCCUGUCUGAGCACCUCCUGGAGCUGCUGUGUGAUGGAGAUGGAGAGCUGGUCACGAUGACCCUCUCCCUGUUCCGGAAUGUGCUCCAGGAUGGAGAAAACAGGAACGAGUUCAGCUCCACUGCCCCGAGGCUGGCUGAGGCACUCCGACCAGUCUUUGACAACGACAACAGCCACGUGCAGCUGCUCUCCAUUCGCCUCUUCCGAGAGGUGAUGGACUUGCUGGCGGAAGAGGGAACAGAGCCCUGGGAGAUGCAGGUGUGCCAGAGCCUGGUCCCACUGUUCUUCCGCUGGCAUGACGAGAACCAGCGCGUUGCACAGGCCGCUCGGGAAGCGCUGUUCUGGGCUACAAGAUUCCUCCAGAGGAAGGACCUGGAGCAGCUGCUGAAAACGGAGCAGCCCUUCAGGUUCUGUGAUUGCCUGAUGGGAAAGGACAUGAGCCGAAGGGGCGAGCACCUGCACCAGGCCCUGCCCUACCUGCAGAGCCCACAGGAGCCCCUGCGAGAGGCAGCCGUCAGGUUCAUGGGGGUGGCCGGCUGGCACAUGAGGGAGUGGCAGCAAGACCUGUGGCCCAUCCUCAAAGCCCUUACAGACAUGAGCGACGAUGACUGCCCCUCCGUCUCCAAUAUGAGAGCUGCACUCAUGGCCACUUACAGCCGUGCCAUGAGAACUCCACCUGCUCCGCUGAGACGACCAAUGUCCAUGCAACAGCCCCCCACCACAGCCCAGGGACCACUUAGCGCAGCUGCAGCUCCAGCUGAUGUUGGGCCCAACUGA